GCCAGCAUCGUUGCCGGUGAGAAGAGAAUGACCCAGCAGGCAGCUUCUGGGUUCCUCUUGGAAAUUGGUUGUAUUGUGACUUACUAAUGGAACAACUGUACCCAAGCGUCUUGGAUGAUAUAGAAGAACUCCAUGAAACAGAAUAAGCAAGUAUGGAAGAACGAGCAGGGGCAAUAUCUUGGGGAACAAGUGGUCAGCAAAGUCCUUCAUAUGAACCUACAAGGGAAAAUGGCAGCCUUCUUGGAAAAAGCUCAGAUAUCUCAACAGCUCUGGAGAAGCUGAAACAUGAGGAGGGUUUUACAGAUACUCCUUCCUAUGGUGAUCAUUUGAGUGAUAAUCGAUUAGGACCCAGCGGAUUAUCUCCCACUCCUUUCCUGAAUUCAAAUCUGAUAGGAAAGGCCUCUGAGAGGAGUCAAUUUCCAGUGUUUGCUCGAGACGGGGGGCUCUCAGGCUGUCAGACAAGUCUGCUUCGGUCUGACAUUGGCCUUGGAAGCCCGGGCCCUGGGCCCUGCUCAGGAAAAGCAGGAACACCGUAUUACCCGUUUUCCUCUGCAAAUCCACGACGAAGGCCCCUUCACGAUUCAUCUUCCCUUGAUUCUCUGCAGACAAAAAAAGUAAGGAAGGUGCCCCCUGGUUUGCCUUCUUCUGUAAGUCCUGGAGCUUUUUAA